CCAGCGCAUCCCGGUGCUCCCGCAGCCCUCCUCGCGCCUCGCGGGGCGCAGCAGGCUCGCCCGGUGGCCGCUCGCCGCCUCCUCCGCUCCUGCGCGGCUGUGGGCGCCUCGGCGCGCCCCGGGCACCGCAACCCUGCGGCGGGGCGCGUGGGACAAUGCGGCUAUGGUGCGCCGGGAUCGCCUGCGCAGGAUGAGGGAGUGGUGGGUCCAGGUGGGGUUACUGGCCGUGCCCCUGCUGGCCGCCUACCUGCACAUCCCGCCGCCGCAGCUCUCCCCGGCCCUGCACUCGUGGAAGACCUCUGGCAAGUUCUUCACCUACAAGGGACUGCGCAUCUUCUACCAAGACUCUGUGGGUGUGGUUGGCAGCCCCGAGAUAGUUGUGCUUCUACAUGGCUUUCCAACAUCCAGCUACGACUGGUACAAGAUCUGGGAAGGGCUGACCCUGAGGUUCCAUCGAGUGAUCGCCCUGGAUUUCUUAGGCUUUGGCUUUAGUGACAAGCCGAGACCACACCAGUAUUCCAUAUUUGAGCAGGCAAGCAUCGUCGAGUCGCUCCUGCGGCACCUGGGGCUCCAGAACCGCAGAAUCAACCUGCUGUCUCACGACUAUGGGGACAUUGUUGCCCAGGAGCUACUGUACAGAUACAAGCAGAAUCGAUCUGGCCGGCUGACCAUAAAGAGUCUCUGCCUGUCAAACGGAGGCAUCUUUCCUGAGACCCACCGCCCUCUCCUUCUCCAAAAGCUCCUCAAAGAUGGAGGUGUGCUGUCGCCUAUCCUCACGAGGCUCAUGAACUUCUUCGUGUUCUCUCGAGGUCUCACCCCCGUCUUUGGACCAUACACCCGGCCCUCGGAGAGUGAGCUGUGGGACAUGUGGGCCGGGAUCCGCAACAAUGACGGAAACCUGGUUAUCGACAGUCUUUUACAGUACAUCAAUCAAAGGAAGAAGUUUAGAAGACGCUGGGUGGGAGCGCUUGCUUCUGUGACCAUCCCCAUUCAUUUUAUCUAUGGGCCACUGGAUCCUAUAAACCCCUAUCCAGAGUUUUUGGAGCUGUACAGGAAAACGCUGCCGCGGUCCACAGUGUCGAUUCUGGAUGACCACAUUAGCCACUACCCACAGCUAGAGGAUCCCAUGGGCUUCUUGAAUGCAUAUAUGGGCUUCAUCAACUCCUUCUGAGCUGGAAAGAGUAGCUUCCCUGUAUUACCUCCCCCAUUCUCGUAUCUGUGUGUAUUCCACUUAGAAAUGCCCAAAAGAGGUCCUGGCAAUCAAAUACUAUUCUUUCAUAAAAGUCCA